CUCUUCAGUUGACGUUUGUUCGUUUUACAGAUAAGUUCGUGCUACGGCAAAAGACAAGCACUAGGAAUCGUCUUUACUUAGCAUUAUAAAUCGCUCUCUUGAUAAGGCCAUUCGGUUUUUGUGCAUGUGGUUGUGGCUCUAGAGGUCGGCUGGAUGUACAACAACAAAAAAAUGGGGAAAUGUGGUAUUCAAGUGAUCCUGUUGAUGUUGUUGAUGGUCAUGCAUGGAUCGUGGGUUUUGUGUCAGAACGCUUGCCGCACCCCAAACCGACGGGACGGACGUUGCGUUCCUCGUGACGAGUGCCGCAGUUUUGUACAGUACUUUUCACCGGAUCGGAUUCUUACCGUGGACGAGCUAACCUUCGUACGGUUGUCCAGUUGCAGCGAGAGUCCACCGAAGAUCUGCUGUCCGGAUCGGGUAUCGACGGGAACGACUUCGGUGGCGACUUCGACCGUGGCGACCCCAUCCGGUGUUUCGUACGAUUUCACCGGACUGCUUCCGGAUCCGAGACAGUACGAAUGUGGGUUGGAUUUCCUCGCCGAUCGGAUCUACGGAGGCGAGAGCACUUCGCUAGAGGAGUUUCCCUGGUACGCAUUGCUCGAGUACGUCACCAAGAAAGGCGAGCGGGUGUUCGAGUGCGGUGGAUCGUUAAUCAACAAGCGGUACGUGCUGACGGCGGCACACUGUCUGGAUAAUGUGAAACUGGAUGAUGGCGAGAUAUUUGCCAACGUGCGACUCGGAGAGCACAACACCGCAACCGAUGUGGACUGCGAAGAGGAUGACGGCGAGGUGACCUGUUCGGAUCCUCCACAGAACAUUGGCUUCGAAGAGGUCAUCGUACAUCCGCGAUAUUCCAAGGUGGAUCAGAACCAACAUCACGACAUUGCCUUGGUCCGUCUGGACCGGGACGCUACGUUGAGUAAGUACGUGACUCCGAUAUGUCUACCGGAGGCGGGAUUCAGUCCAACCAAAGCCGGCCAAAAUGUCACCAUCACCGGAUUCGGUCACACGGGUCGGAAACGGCACAGCGGCAUCAAGCAGAAAGCACAUGUCCCGAUCGUAGAUCCGGACCAGUGUCAGGCCAAGUGGGGCAAACGGAUCACCGUCGGGGACGGGCAGCUGUGCGCUGGAGGACACUUCAAUAUCGACGCUUGCCACGGCGAUUCCGGCGGACCGCUGAUGACUCAACGGCUCUACUGGACCAUCGAAGGCAUCGUGUCCUUCGGGAACCGGUGCGGUCUGGAAGGCUGGGCCGGAAUGUAUACGCGUGUCGCGAGCUAUGUUGGGUGGAUCAAAAGCGUGAUACGAGCUUGAAAUAGCGGAUAAAGUACUUUCCUAGUGAUUAGGGAAUUCCAAGCAGAAGCAUCCGAAUCGUAGUUUGUAAAUAAACACAUAAAAAAACGAAACAAUAUUUGAUCGCUUUGGA